AUGUCGGGUGCAGCAACCUCUGCAGGAGCUUCCAAGUUCAAUGCCUUUAUGAACCAUCCAGCAGGCCCUAAAACGGUCUUUUUCUGGGCCCCGCUCAUGAAAUGGUGUCUGGUCGCUGCAGGUUUAAAGGACAUAACACGUCCUGCAGAUAAACUCAGUGUAUCUCAGAACGUUGCCCUAGCCGCCACGGGCUUCAUCUGGGUCAGAUACUCCUUGGUUAUUACGCCAGUAAAUUAUAGUUUGGCCGCUGUCAACUUUUUCGUCGGCCUUUCCGGCCUAACACAACUCGGUCGCAUAGCAAACUAUCGUUACAAUCCACAGGCGGCAGAACAGAAAGUCAAGGCUUGA